CCGUUGCAUAAUUUAGUUGACGCAUGCGCCACACAUUGCAAUCAGCUGUCAGAAAGAACAUAAUCACGAAAAAACAAAAUUAUUUGUGUCUUUAGAUAAUUCCCGUCAAUAUGGCGGGGCAAAAUCCUGGAUCGCCGACCGACUUUCAAUACUUUUACGAGGAUGAAGUGUAUAAAAUCAACAACCGCGGGCAAGUCGUCUUCGGGCUUGUACUCGAAAACUAUGAAGGCAUCUCCAGUGAUCAAGAGAGUGACAUUGAGGCUGCUGUACAAAAAGGCGAAAUUCGUGUUGUGUGGCACCCCUCCGGCACGGAAAGGGUGAUAUCUGAGAAGUCGGUUGGAUUAGCCGAUCGCUCACUUAUGCCCGGUGAUGUGGUCCGCCGUCUCAUAGCAGGCAAGGACACACAGAGAGGGUACUGCCGCGAUAUCGUCAUGACAGCGGCCCUCCAGAUCGUCGGCACCAAGCAUGUCAUACCUAGUGUGGCUAGCGAGAGGCUGCAACCACUGGAGGAGUUUACACCUGACCUAGCUGUAUGCCUUGACUCUUGGGUUGGGACUUCUAAGGCAGUUCACAGUAAACUGCGGCUGGUAUCCACCGACGGGUCUCGCCUCGAGUACCCGGACCUGGACAACUGUCCCCUGGAGGACUACUCCAUGCGCCGCCGCCGUUCCACGCCCUACUCUUCAUCGGAAUUCUAUCCUGGUCAAGUCGUCUAUGGCCCACUCGGCUCUCUCGACAACGCUAACUGGCUUCACAUCACUAAAGAGAUGAAGGCAGCUAGGAAACACAAGAUGCAUGAUCAUAAGUUCACAGUGGAAGCCGUAGUGACUGAAAGUGUGAGCGUCCACUGGCAGUGCCGCGCUCUGUGCACCCACCCAGCCGAUACGAACGGCCCGCAACAACCUAAGUUCCUUGUUGAAGGAGAAGAUCUGAAGAAUCUGAAACUGCUCAAUGUAUUUGAGCCGUGCACCCUUCAAGUUGGAGACCGGAACUUCCUUACCAUCGGGCCUGAUGACACGUUCGUCAGCAAGAAACAGUGGAGGAAACAACAGAGUAAAAUAUACCGCAGUCUGCGGAAACAGACCCGACCAGUUAAGAAAUCUUCCAAGUCUGACACCAACUCCACAGACCAUGUGCCCUCGCGCCCCAAGAAGCGGGCCUCGUCCCACAGGAAGCUCAAGUCUGCAGACACCGAAAUGGAAGUUGAUCCAGCAGACGACAAGCUGGAAUCCCUGGACGAUGCCCUUAAACAGGAGGCUAACUGUCCCCGGAUCAAAAUCGACCCCAGCGGAGACAAUUCCCUACCAAUGGCUUCUAGCCAGGAUGACACUGUUGAGGAGAAAAAUGAUUCCGGGAUCAGCCCAGAGCCAAAUCGCGAGGACAAUUCGCUUCUGAAUGGGGACAGCAAGUCAGACCGGAAUGAUUCAGAUUCUGACAACUGGGAGAACACGAGUAGUGACAGCGACACUGACAGCGGAGCGACGUGGUCGUCGCGCUGCUCGUCGGCGGCGUCGCGCUGCGGCAAGCGCUCGCCGCAGCUGGCCGUGCGGCUGCUGCGCGGCAAGCGGCUCAAGCGCACCGCGCGCCGCGCGCCGCCCGCGCCGCCGCCGCGCGCCGGCGACCGCGUCGUGGUCGAGACGCUGCACACCACCAGCCGCGCCAACGUCGUGUGGCAGGACGGCACCAUAGAGAUGGGCAUCCCCUCUACGCAGCUGUACCCAAUACACCACCUGGACGGCCAGGAGUGCUUCCCCGGAGACUUCGUCGUCAGUGGCGCCGCCAACGUGGAAGAGAACCAACAGCUAAAGCACCGUGUUUACGGCGUAGUGCAGCGGGUGGACCACCACGGCCGCACGGCCAUCGUGCACUGGUACCGCACCUACACCAGCGCUGACGAACCUGUUCCUCAGAUGCUGCACGAGAGCGAGAUGAGCGUGUACGAUCUGAAGGACCACCCGGACUUCCAGUACCGGCCCGGCACCGUCGUCAUCCGCGUCGCCAACUUCACCGGCGAGGACACCCACUGCACUGCCGGCCAGGUAAUCGACAACUACCCGACAGGCCGCGUCAAGGUGUGGUGGGUGGACGGUCACACGAGCAUGUGUUGGCCACAGGACCUGUACAAGGUUGGAGAGUACGACUCAGAAGAGGGCGAAUUGUGGGCUUCCGAUGCUUCCGGCUCCGAGGACUCGUGGGAGACACAGAGCUCAGCACACGACGAACGCGAGCCCCAGGCGCUGCUGCCGGCGCCCGAAACUCCGCAGCAAGUGAUAGUAAACCCGAUGUCUCAAGAAGCCGCCCUGGAAGCCCCCAGCGUCACCAGCACGCGCGACAAGCCUGCCCCGGCGGCGCAGCGGACUGAGGCCGCCGUGCCCAGGCUGCUGGAGCCCAGGGUAGCGGCCCAUUUGGAAAGGGGGCGGCUCGCCAUGAGGCAGCUGGAGGAGAUGUUCGCCAAACAUCCCACGCUGCAGAGCCAGGAGAUUAUGCGCAAGCUAUUGAAUCUGUAUAAAGAAUGCCGGUUCUUAGACCGUCUGAUGGGCACUUCAUUUUUCCAUGAGGAUCAUUUCUUGGGCUUAUUAGAACGCGUUCGAGAACGCGGUGCUACCACGCCUCGGGCCGGCGAGCGGCGGGUGCACGAGCAGCUGGCGCGGCUGUUCUCCCCCAACGAGGGGGAGGUGCCCGCCAACAUGCUCGCCGAGCACGAGCGCAGCCGCGAGAACGAGGCUAGCGAGCCCGUGGAGCCCAUGGAGGUAGAGAACACGACGCCCAAGAAGCAGUUACAUUUGAACCUGGACGCGGCCCAGCCGUCUGGGUCGGAUUUGCCGCCCUCUCAAGACAAAGCUACAGAAGAAAAUCCGUCCUCGUCGGAGCAGACAGAAGGAGAAGGUUCCGGCCGCAACGUGUGCUACAAACUUUGCUCGCUCAUACACUCGCAGCUGAUCAAGGCACACGCGGAAGUUAGCCGGAGACGGCCGCAAGAGCUGGCCGAAUUCCUAAACAGCUUAAUGAGAAAACAAAACGCGACCGAAGAGAAGUUACCAUACCACUUUUCAGUUCAAUACGGCGCUUUAGUAGUGAGCAUGGCCGAAGAGGAGAAAGGGGACAAGCCGAAUGACGAGGUCCAAGAGUCCUCCAGCGCAGCAUCCAACGCAGCCAAGUCGGAGGCAGGGGAUGUUCCAGUCCCAACCGAAACAGCGCCACUAGCGACAGCCGAGACGGCUGACGAGCCGGAACCGGAAGUUCCCGGAGGCACUGAGCAAGAAGGAGGGGAGGGUUUCUACAUGCUGGACUCUGCUCCGGCCGACCAUAGCUUCCGGUUGUCUAUGCUGCAGCCGUCAGACCCAAGGAGCUUCUAUUCGGCUGUCAAGAGGGAGAUAAAGCUGCUCAAGAGUGAUCUACCUCCAGGAGUAUGGGUCCGCGGCUUCAUGGACCGCAUCGACCUGCUGUCGGUGAUGAUCGCCGGCCCCGCGAACACGCCGUACGAGGGGGGGCUGUUCGUGUUCGACGUGCAGCUGGGCGGGGAGUACCCGCGCGCCCCGCCGCUCUGCCACUACCACUCCUACUGCACCGACCGCCUCAACCCCAACUUGUAUGAGGACGGCAAGGUAUGCGUGUCACUCCUGGGCACGUGGUCGGGCCGCGGCGUGGAAGUUUGGGGCAAAGACAGCUCAUUGCUGCAAGUCAUAGUAUCGCUGCAGGGGCUUAUCCUCAACGCGGAGCCCUACUUCAAUGAGGCCGGCUAUGAGAAGCAAAAGGGCACCCAGCAAGGCAAGGAGAACUCGCGCAUGUACAACGAAAUGGUGCUCCUAAAGCUCGUGCAGUCCAUGACGAAAAUGGUGAUGAACCCGCCGGAGCCGUUCCGCGAGGAGGUCGCGGCGCACAUGCGGCAGCAGGCGGGCGCGCUGUGCCGCCGCCUGGAGGCGCUGGUGGCGCUGUCGCGCGGCGCGGCGCCGCCCGACGUGCCGCCGCCCGAGUUCCCGCUGGUGCCCGCGUCGCGCGGCUUCUGCCUCACGCUGCGCUCGUCGCUGGACUCGUUCCGCGCCGCGCUGCGCCGCAGCGACAUCGCCGCGCCGCCCUCCACCUUAUAGCCUCUCUAGCGCCAUCUAGCUAGUAACUAAUGAACUAAUUGGUACGCCCGCGACCCGCCGUCUCGCUCGGAAAAUGUAGGUAAAUAGUAUUUAUUGUGAUGUACUUUUUUGGAAUAUUUAACGGUCGCGACGGGCGUUUGUAGUAUCUAUUGUUCCAACCCCCCCCCCCCACUCCCUUACCUCUCUAACAGAUUUCUCGUCGCAUGCGCGAAGGCGGACUCGUUGUUUCAUAUUGUUUUUUAGAUAAUAUGGAACUAACCGUUCCCUCUUUGAAUUAUGAAUCAAAUUCUAAAUGAAAUGUUCGAUCUUAUGCGAAUGAUAUAAUUAAUAGUUUUAUUAAUGAAUAGAUUAAUGUUAUUUAUUUGUUAAAAAGUAAUGUCUACUUUAAUUCUGCAUCCGUCGUUAUCGUUUACGUGUACUUAUCGAUACAUGACGUAUUAUUUUAAUAGCUGCUAUCCCUACCAUUGGUCUUUCAUUAUUUUUAUGAAAUGUUAUCUCAAUUUCUUUAGCGUUAAUUGUUUACGUAUUUGUUUUUGUUUAUUUUUCUUCAAACUAGAAAAUAGUUUACUCUUUAUUGAGAUUUAAAAAAAUCACAGUUAUAUUUAUGGCGAGUAAAAAAGGGCAUCGGCUGUAUAUUUCUACAAUUAAAGGAUUUUAGCUAGUAAAAUAUUUCGUCGCAUUUUGAAGUCGGAAGCUUUUGCUCUCGAAUUUGCUACACAAAAAUUACAAAAGCAGGUAUAAAAAUAUUGAACUAUUGAGUUCCUAAUACUCUUUGUGUGUGUUGCGUCUAGAUGGCGCUGUUUUUAGCGGAGGUUGUAUUUGAGGGCUGUAAUUUCGUGUUGUUUACUGCCUGCAGGUUUGCACAUUCGCCAAAGUCAUUGAGAUUAUCAAAUUAUGUAUUUUGAAAGCGACCGACGAGUCGGCAGAAUAGUUUAAAGUUCAUAACUUUCAUAGAUGUAUCAAAUUUUUCAGUUAAAACUAAAUUUGAUCUUUAUGACAGAUGUCAAAUGCAUACAUUUUGUGGUCUGUCGUUUUUUCACUUAUUUCAUAGUCGUCCAUCCUGCUGUCACACAGAUAAAGUUAUCUCUUCGGUCGCAUACGAAUCUGUAGGCUCGUAACCAGUCACGGUAGAAGAAAAAAAACAUCUUCAUAAUGAAUCUUUGACUGAAGGCGACUAUUUGUAACUGCAGCUCACUCAAUGUUGCAUGUAAAGAUGAGCGCCGACGGAUGAGGGUAUAUAUUUGUCUCUAAAUUAAAAAGAUACUGAGAAGCAUUUCUAGAAAUACUUUACCUUACAAAUCAUUGCUUCUGUUUAAAAUACAUCUGAAUAUAAAAUUAUUUUGUCUAUUGGCCCGCGUCUUUCAAGCAACAAAUAUUGUUUUUUAUUAUUGUAAUUUUACACUACGGAUUUACUUUGUUAUAAGGUUUUGUAUUUGUAAAUCUCACCCAACUUCACACACAGUACAUUUAGAAUAGAUCUUAGUUUCUAAAUUGAGAAUGAAUUGGCUUAGUUGUCAUUCGGUCCUCAAAAUUUUCUCAGUAAUGUUAAAAUUUGCCAGUCCUAAUUAGUUAACGUAAGGCAGUCUUUUCUGUGAUUACUAUUUUACUAAUGUUAUAAAUGCGAAAGUUUGUGCGUGAUAGCUAACGAGAAAGACGACAACGUGUGUGAUGUCGCGGGCGAAAGCUAGUGACGUGAUAAAUACAGGUCACACUUGGAGGUUGAUUUACAGUUUACCGCAAAAACAACCCUGUUUUCUAGAGUUCACGUUAAAUGUGCAAUUCUUAGUCAGUUGUACAAAAUUACUAAAAUAUUAUGUCAUCAAGAUACACCGAUACAAUUACCACAUCUUUGUCCGUUAUGAGGGUUUAAAGCGCCAAUAGUCACAACUUGAUUCGAAGGCAUCGUUUAUUAUCGUGAAUAUCGUGAAUUGAUGUCGAGGUUAAGAACUGCACAUUUUGUACGAAAAGUUAUUGAAGCCACCGCUUGCACCAGGGAAAUUCUUAUGAAUCGCUUGCUCAGUGAUAUAGCCGCGUUAGUAUUAUUUGGAAUUCAACUCGUAGGGUAUAUGAAGGGAUCUCGGGACUCGCUUGUGAAUCGCCGCACAAAUACAAUGUAACUUCAUGCCAAAGUCAAUUGAGCUAUGAAAGGCUUUUGUCGCUUGUGUAUGCGAAAUAAGUGACAUGUAUAAUGAUGAUAAAAUAAAUAAUUCUUCAACCUU